GCGCCAACCGCGUGGUCUCUCUUGCUGUGAGCCACUUCCUGUUCUGCUGUGAACCCCUGUGGAUGAAGGUGUUGUGGCUUUAGGACAGAUCAAUCAAAUUACGGACUCUCUCUUUACACAGUUUAUAGCUAGGUCCAUUAACAGCUUCCACGGUGGUUCAGGAUAAACCUGAAGCUGAUUACAUUCAUCCAAUAAAGCCAUGAACCAAGAGAAACUCGCCAAACUUCAGGCCCAGGUCCGGAUAGGUGGAAAGGGAACAGCUCGCAGGAAGAAGAAGGUGGUUCACAGAACCGCGACGGCCGACGACAAAAAACUCCAGAGCUCCUUGAAGAAACUGGCAGUGAACAACAUCGCUGGGAUUGAGGAGGUGAACAUGAUAAAGUACGAUGGCACAGUGAUCCACUUCAACAACCCCAAGGUGCAGGCCUCUCUGUCCGCCAACACGUUUGCCAUCACAGGCCAUGCAGAGAACAAACAGCUGACAGAGAUGCUCCCAGGCAUCCUCAGCCAGCUGGGGGCAGACAGCUUCACCAGCCUUCGCAAACUGGCAGAGCAGUUCCCACGCCAAGUACUUGACAACAAAGCGAUGUCGAUCAGCAAACCAGAAGAUAUUGAAGAGGAGGACGAUGUUCCAGAUCUUGUAGAAAACUUUGAUGAAGCGUCAAAGAAUGAAGCCAACUAAUGAAUCCAACUUCAGGCCCUUUUUACCCAGUACCCUCUGCCCUUCCUCAGUACCAUCUAUUCAGAACCACUGGGAACCCCCCCAAUAACCUAUCUGCUAACCAGUACACACCUUUCUAUCGUGUGGACUCAAACUGGGAUCUGUUCAGUAAGCUGUAGCAUGACUUACAGAAUCUAUCAUGGAGAACAGAUGGGUGUCAGAGCAGUCACCAUUCUUAUUCUCUCUCUCUCUCAUGGCCUCAGUACACCCCAGACCUCUCUCUCUCUCUCACAUGGCCUCAGUACACCCCAGACCUCCUCUCUCUCUCUCUCUCAUGGCCUCAGUACACCCCAGACCUCCUCUCUCUCUCUCUCUCUCACAUGGCCUCAGUACACCCCAGACCUCCUCUCUCUCUCUCUCACAUGGCCUCAGUACACCCCAGACCUCCUCUCUCUCUCUCUCUCUCACAUGGCCUCAGUACACCCCAGACCUCCCCUCUCUCUCGCGCUCUCUCUCGCCACAACUGCUGUUGAAGGAACAACAUUGUCCAGUAUUUUAGCCUCAAGACAAAUCAAACUGGUGUUGUCCCAAAUGGCUCCCUCUUCACUACUUUUAACCAGGCCCCAUCGGGAAUUUUAGUCAAAAGUAGUGUACAAUGUAGUUGAGAAUAGUUGACCAUUUUGGUACGGCGCCAGUAUACCAACCAACCACCACCAACUGUAACACAGCAAUCCAUGUCUCGUAUUUUAACAGGCAAUCCUAUUAAUGUCUACAUUCACUGACUGACUAGAGCACCAAGUACUCCAUCCAGAAUGACCCCCUGUCUAGUGCACUACGUUUUGAUUAGAGCAAUGGCGGUGCCGUUUGGGAGGCCCAAUUUACUAUCAGUACAUCUAUCAGACAUGAAGGUCUAGGUCUUACUGUAGGGUGUCAACGGGUCCCGGUCUAGGCCCUACUGUAGGAUGUCAACGGGUCCCGGUCUAGGCCUUACUGUAGGAUGUCAACGGG